AUGGCUGACUACAAGUUACAAACCCCAGGUUUCGAUGCUAGAUUCCCACAGCAAAACCAAACCAAGCACUGUUUCCAAUCAUACCUAGAUUACCACAAGUGUGUUGCUAUUAAGGGUGAAGAUUUUGCACCAUGUAAGGUUUUCUGGCAAACUUUCCAAUCCCUUUGUCCAAGUGACUGGGUUGAAACAUGGGAUGAACAAAGAGAAAACGGCACUUUCCCAGGUGAUUUAUCUAUUGAAAGAUUCAAAUAA